AUGUACAAUCUGAAGUCUAGCGUCGCGGCUCUUGUCCUCCUUGGACAGGGCAUUGCUGCUCAAAACUCUUCUUGGAACCAUUCUCUUUACACCAGCAGUCCGGGCGUAUUCCCUAGCCCAAACACAACUGGUAUUGGCUGGGAAGAUGCUCUUCAGAAAGCAAAGUCAUGGGUCGCAAACUUGACCUUGGAGGAGAAGGUCGGACUCUUGACUGGUGAACCUAAGGGACCUUGCAUUGCAGGUAACAUUGCACCUAUUCCUCGUGUAGGGUUCCCUGGUCUCUGCUUGCAGGAUGGACCCUUGUCGAUUAGACAGGCCACAUUUGCUUCGGUCUUUCCAGCAGGCCUCACUGCUGCUUCAUCUUGGGACCGUGACUUGAUCCGCCAGAGAGGCGAGUAUCUUGGAGCCGAGUUCAGAGACAAGGGAGCCCAUGUAGCUCUUGCACCAGUGGCUGGACCUCUUGGUAGAUCGGCUGAUGCUGGUCGCGGAUGGGAAGGAUUCUCUCCGGACCCAUAUCUUACCGGUGUGGCAAUGGAGGAGACCAUUGAAGCCUUGCAAGAGGCUGGUGUUCAGGCUUGCGCAAAGCACUGGAUUGGUAACGAGCAGGAGACUCAGAGAAACCCCACUCUCUCGCCCACGAACAAGACGAUCGAGGCCGUCUCUGCAAACAUCGAUGAUAGAACUAUGCACGAGCUCUACAUGUGGCCCUUCGCCAACGCUGUCAAGGCCGGUGUUUCUUCAAUGAUGUGUUCUUACAAUCGUCUCAACUCUUCAUAUGCCUGUCAAAACAGCAAAGCUCUCAACGGUCUUCUGAAGGAAGAGCUUGGCUUCCAAGGCUAUGUCAUGUCUGACUGGGGUGCUACCCAUGCAGGCGUCGCCAACAUCGAAGCCGGUAUGGACAUGGACAUGCCUGGAACAAUUGCUUUCUUCCAAGCCGGAACUUCUUACUACGGACAAAACCUCACCAACGCCGUCAACAAUGGAACUGUGCCUGAAUCAAGAAUUGACGAUGCAGCUCACAGAAUCAUGACUCCCUACUUCUUUUUGGGUCAAGAUCAAGACUUCCCUCUCAUUGAUCCUUCCUCCGGUCCCAUCAACAUUCUCGGUGUUCAGCCUUACCUCGACUCUUUCCAGUAUGGAGAAGCAAAUGUUGAUGUUCGUGCCAACCACGCAGAUCUUAUUAGAAAGCUUGGAUCGGCAGGCACCAUCCUCUUGAAGAACACCAACAACGCCUUGCCACUCAACAAGCCAAAGAACAUUGCCGUCUUUGGCAAUGACGCUGGUGACCCGGAGAACGGUCUGUACUCUCUUUCUUUGACUGGAAAUGGCGAUUAUGAGUACGGUCAUCUUGCCGUUGGUGGCGGCUCAGGUACUGGUCGUCUUACAUAUCUGUCGACUCCUCUGGACGCUCUCAAGGUCCGUGCCAAGCAGGAUGGUACCAACUUGCAGUGGAUCCUCAACAACACUCUUCUCGCAAACGCCAACACCGCUGCCGGAUUUGGCGCAAUUUACCCUCAGCCCGACACCUGCAUCGUCACGAUCAAGACCUGGGCUGCUGAAGGCAACGACAAGGCUAACUUGCUUCCUGACUACAACGGUACUCAAGUUGUUGAGAAUGUCGCCGCUUGGUGCAACAACACCAUCGUUGUGACUCACACUUCCGGACCCAUUGUCAUGCCUUGGGCUGAUCACCCUAACGUCACUGCUAUCCUCGCCGCCCAUUUUGCUGGCCAGGAGAGUGGUAACAGUUUGGUAGAUGUCUUGUACGGCGAGUACAAUCCCAGUGGAAAGCUUCCGUACACCAUCGCCUACAACGAGUCGGACUAUGCUUUCGCUCGCAUCACCAACUCCACCGAGCUGAGACUUACCGAGGACCCCAACGCAUGGCAGGCUGACUUCACCGAGGGUCUCCUGAUUGACUACCGCCACUACGAUUACUACAAUCUUUCCGUACAGUACGAGUUCGGAUACGGUCUUUCGUACACCAACUUCAGCAUGUCCGACGUCAAGGUUCAACGUCUUGCUCCCCAGAACUUGACUGCUCGUCCCACCAACGCUGGCACCAUGCCUGGUGGCAACCCCACUCUCUAUGAUACCCUCUACGAGAUCACCGUCAAGGUCAAGAACACUGGAUCGAUUGCUGGAGACGCAGUGCCUCAGCUCUACCUCUCUCAACCUGUCAACCCCUCUUUCGGUCUCACUCCCGUCCAAGUCCUUAGAGGCUUCGAGAAGGUCGCGCUCGGUGCUGGACAAAGCAGAACCGUGACUUUCCCCCUUCAGCGCCGUGAUCUCAGUUUCUGGGAUGCUGUUCAGCAGCAGUGGAUCAUUCCUUCCGGUAACUUUGGUGUCAGAGCUGGAUUCAGCAGCAGAGACAUCCAGGCUACUUCCGGCUUCAGUGCUCUGUAAGCAGUCUUGUCCGCUUGAAGAUA